AUAUUUAGAGUUCUUUGGCAUCCCUAACCAAAAAUAAUAAAAUCUGGCGCCAAAAUAUUUGUAUUUAUUCUGGCAAAAUUUGUUUACGAAAAGUAACUGUAUGUUUAAACUUUAUGAAAAGUGUUUGCUACAGAAUAGUGUAAAAUUAUAAUUUAUGUAAACUUUGUGGUUAGUGACAACAGCAACAGCUAACUUGUGGGUUUAUAAAAGUUCAAUGACAUAACCUAUUUGGUCUGAGCAUAAGAUAAAAAGUGAAAUUUUUACUAUAAUAUAAAGAUAAAAUUUACACAUACAUACAUACAUACAAAAUGUCAAAAUGUAAGCUAAAUCUAAUUGCUGCGUCGUGUAAAAAUAUGGGUAUUGGUGUGAAUGGAACUUUACCAUGGCGACUAAAGUAUGUACAAACAAAUCAACCAACACUAAUUAACUAAGUAAACUUUUUCUAUUAAUUUUUAAAGAACAUUUAAUAACAAAAUGUGUCAACAAUAACAAAAGUGUUGAAUAAAGAUUGAGUUUUAUUUGUUGAUUCAUUAUAAAAUAAUUAAAAAGUUAUUUGCAUGCAAGGAUUCCCAAUAAUGUAUAAGGGAAUAUGCGACUUAUUACCUACAUAUGAUAAUAAACUUUAUGAUGUGAACAUAAGCAUUAUAUUUUGAGAAAUAAUUUGACAUAGUUAUUCAAAAAGGAUCCAACCCACAAAUUGGUCGAAAACGAGUUAAGUAUAUCAAAAUGUACAUCAGGAUCUACACUUUCAUAUAGAAAAAAGCUCUGAUUAGAAUUAAAUAUUUGAUGUUUUUUCAAUGGUAUGUUCGUAUUUUAGUUCCAUAAAAACAACUCUAGCUUCUUGGAUCCAUAUAGUAAAAAUCACAUUAAAGGUUCAAAAUGCUUGAAUCAUUUUUGUUAAAAGGUAAUUUUAUUAAAAGGUGUAGGAAGGUAAUUUAAGAUAGUGAUAAAACAUUUGACAUUAGAAAUUAAAACAAUAAAUAUAAAGAACUAUUUAUAAAUAGUUUUUACGAUUAAAUUUUGGCAUUUCAGUUAAUUAUUCUAUUAUUUCUUAAUUUGUAUCGUUUUUGAGAUUUGUUUUGUAAGAAUAAUGUAAUUAAAACCUAAAUAUAUCAAAAAGGAUCCAAACAUACUUUAACCUUUAUAUUUUAAUAAAUAAUGUUAAUUCUGUUAAAAUGACAUUAUAAUAAGAUAAUGUAAAUGGUUUUCUAUGCUAUUAGAUAAAAAUAAAAUACACAAAAAUGUUACAUCAACAUGCAAAUACAGCUUAAACUUCAAUCGUCUAUAUCUCAAAAGUGACAUUGUGUGGGAUGGAUCUGAUUUGAUUAACUACGUCCAAUUAAAACUAACCACUUGCCCUUCACAUUCAUACUAUGGGGAUAAUCUUAAAAUUUCCAAUUUUAAGAUUGGUUGGGUUGGUCAAUUUUCUAGCUGAGGCUCAAAAAAUCUUUGUGGUACUGAAAGAUAAAAACUUGUCUGUUGUGAAAAAAAUGUAAUUGGUAUUAUUUAUUAUCUAAAUCAUGUAUGGACAACCUUAGACAUGUUGUAGGCUAAACUUUAGUUUGCAAAUACGUUUGUGUGCUGCUUUUAAAAGUAUUACAUUUUGAAGUAGUAUUGUAGUGCUCAUAAUUUUUUGCGAUAGAUAUCAGAUAUGAAAUAUUGUUAUAAAUUAGGUUUUUCAAACUUUCCCUGGCGGGCUGGCUAUUGCCCACUGUGGAUCUAAACUUAUUUGAUCCUUUAAAUUUGACUUACAGUUUUAUGUGUAAAAACUAUAUAUUUACAGAUUUUUAUUUCUACAUCAGCAGCCAUCAUUUUAAAAAUUCUUCCACCUAGUGGGUAACAUUGAUGAAUGAUUUAGUUGUUAAUUCCUAAUAUUACAGGAAAGAGAUGGCCUAUUUCACUUCUAUGACAACCCAAAUUAAGGAUCCUACUAAAGUAAAUGCAGUUAUCAUGGGAAGAAAUACUUGGGAUUGUAUACCACCGAAGUAUAGGCCUCUAAGUGGCAGAGUUAAUGUUGUUCUUACACACCAAGUUAAUGAAAUACAAAAAAAAGUUCCUGAAGGAGUCGUAGUAGUGGGAAGUCUCCAAGAGGCUAUUCAAUACAUUGAGAAUAGAGAAGACAUAGAGUCGACAUGGGUCAUAGGUGGAUCUUCAAUAUACAAGGCUGCUUUAAGUCAUCCUAACUGCGGAAAAAUAUAUCUGACAGAGAUACAGAAAGAUUUCGAAUGUGACACCUUCUUCCCUUCACUGGAUAAAGAGCAGUUUAAAAUGGUGAAAGAGGAUGGAAUACCAGAUGAUCUACAGUGGGAGGGAGAUAUCAGUUACUACUUUAGGAUAUAUCAAAAGAUUUAGACUUAGUGUUAAGAUUUGAAUGAAAAAAGUUGAAAUAAAGCAACUAAAAUUUACGAUAU